UUUUUUUUUUUAGUUGAAACGUCCCCAACCAUGUCCAACUCCAACGCUGACGAGCCACCGGAAAAACGCACUACACAUCCUCCUCCUCCGCCGCCGCAGCUGUCGCUUUCUUCAUUGCCUGACGAUAUCGUUUUGAGUUGCUUGGCCCGCGUCCCAAGAAGCCAUCACCUAAACAUCUCUUGGGUCUCCAAAAACCUAACAUCCCUUGUUCGCUCGCCUGAGCUCAACCGCUUACGAUCCACCCUCCUCCCCAAGAACUCCCUCCAUGUAUGUUUUGAAGAAGUAGACGACGACCACGACCAUUCAUCCUUCCACUGGUUUAAUCUCAACGAAACACCAACGAGGGAGUAUUGUUUAGUUCCGAACCCAACUCCCUUCCCUCCUCAUCCUCAUAAGUACGGUUCUUCAACCGUUGCACUAGGGUCAAAGAUCUUCUUCGUUGGUGGUUCUACAGAACACUCCUCGGAUCUAUGGAUCCUUGAUACACAAACUAGGAGCAUGACUCAAGGACCAAGCAUGACCGUGCCUCGAAGCGAGCGCAAAGGAGCUGCGGGAGUGAUCGACGGGAAGAUAUACGUGAUCGGAGGCGGACCCUUCUCCUUCACCGGCGAUAUUAUGUACAAUAUUAUUCACGACGAGUUCCAAGUCGAAGUUUUCGAUCCAAACUCGGAGACUUGGGAGCUCGCGGGGGUUGAGAAGUUGCUUAAUGUUCCACGGUGUAGCGCCUCGGUGGAAGGGAAGGUUUUUGUGGUGGAGCCGGAGAGGACAAGUGUGUACGAUCCGAGAGAAGGUGAAGGAGAACGGAUGGUUCAUAUGGUAAGCCAUAGACUCUCGGAAGGUGACGGAAGCAAGGAUGAGUUCAGUGAUAUGCCGGGAAGCGUGUGUGUGGUGGAGGAUGUUCUCUUUGCUUUCUUUUACGGGACUGGGUUGAUGUGGUUUGAUACGAAACUCAGUGUGUGGAGAAGAUUGGUGGGUCGUGAUGGGAAGGAACUACCCUUUAACUUAAAUGUGGCUGACGUGGCGGAAUACGAGGGAAGGCUUGUGGUUUUUUAUACAAAGAUUAAUCUGGUUCAUUAUAACCCGGUUAACACGAGUGUUCAGUGCAUAUUUGUCUCACUGGACAGAGCUGGAGGAAAGAUUUGUGGGACGGUCGAUUGGUCUGGUAUUUUGGCGACAGUCCCAGUUUCGUUUCGUUUUAUUCAUUGUUUACCUGUUUCCGAGUGAUUGAUCACAUAGUAUCUGUUCUUUAAAGCAAAUUUGUUUUUUGUAAAACUCAUGAAUGGUUGGUUACUGAAGAAAAUGAAAGGUGGUAACUUUUUUUUAUUCGUGGUAUUGUUUGCAUCGUUUAUUCAAGUUGAUAUU